GAAAAAUCAAAUCCAGAGCAUUGGAAGAAAGAUUUUGCUCACUCUCGUCUUUGACACUUCACUUGCUUCUCCUCUCCUCCAGUCUUCUUCCUCCUGCAGUACAGUACUAUUACUUGCUACGGUAGCUAGCUUUAGCUAGUUGCUCUAUUACUUUGAGGCCAACUGUACUAACUUGCUGAUGCACUCCUACACGCCACCCACCCGUCAUCGACACCAUGAAGUCAAGAAAGAGCAUCAACAACCAUACAGAGCUCCCAGCAAUUUGCAGCGGCCCUAUCGGACGCCCACCAAGACCGGAACAACAACAAGUUCUCCACCACCAGAUCCAACAGUAUUCGCGAGUCCGUAUUCACCAAUAAACUCUUCGGCAUCGUCCCCAACGAGACAUUUGCUGAGUAGAAGCAAAUUUCGAAGAGGCCAGCAUAAUGCUACCGUUGUCACAACACCUUCCAAACAACCGUUGCUGGCCUGUGUUUCUCCCUCUGAAAAAGGCGACAGCCCUCCUUCUUUUGAUAUCGCGGCUUCUUCCAAGAGAAAACAAUCUGGUGGAAGAGCGAGGCGCUUCCAAAAUGGUCUGGCAGGUAUUGCAGGACAGAGGAAGACCAAUUCGGCAAGGCAGUACAACGACCUGGAGUCUCCCGACAAGCCACAGGUAGAACCGGAUCCCAUUUUUGAAUUGUCCAUGAACAACCCAACUCGCCUUACCCGCACCAGUGGCACUAUCACUAUUACUCCUGCCAACAAAAGUACCGGUACUGGUACUGGUACUGGUACAAAACCCAAGAAACCACGAACCUUUGUCAAAACACUCAAAAAGUUGGCCAAAAAGGUAGUGGGUGGCGGUAGCAGCAAACAAGCAGCAUCGUCAAGAAAUCAUCCAAAGGGAACUGACACCAAGCCCGUAACACCCGCGGGCGGUGCACCUGGCAUCUUUACGCCGCCCACAGCCAUCCUUUCUCCAUCGCCAGAAACAAUCGCGCAUUGUGAUAUAGCCGAACCGGAUACUCCUGAAAAUGAGACUAGUGAGAACCGCUUUCCAAACUUCCUCCAACAUCCCUACCACUACAGUCCUCAUAACACAGACACGGAAGGCAAUGACACUAUUAGUACCAGUUGCAAUAAGCAGAGCUACAAUCCACAACCGCCAGAUAAUAUCAACACCAACAGAAACAAUCCACAGAUGCCGAGUGCUUUCAGUUUCCGUCAUCAUGUCGAGGAUGUACAAGACGUUGAAUCUCAGUCCAGUGGCGAAGGAGGGUCUGCCCUUAGCAGCAUGAGCCGAAGCACCAACAAUCAUCCUCCAAAUUCUCCUCUUCGAAAAGCGCUCUUUGCCGAAACUCCACGCAUUCAUCUCAUUAGGCCACCAGAAAACAUUGUACUACACGACUACCAUGAGGCAGACCCACCAUUGUCGACGGACCCUAAAGCCACCGAAGACAAGGGCAUUUCCAUUGUAGGAUUGGCCACAGAGGAGUUUCGUCAAAGUGACGCAGCAGCAGCAGCAGAUGUGUGGCCCGAUGAUGAGUCGCAACAACCAAAGAGUCAGCAGCCGGCUGAGGAACAAGUAGCACACGACGAUGACACCAAACGUUACUCGCAAGAUCUCAUGGCACAACAAGAACCGUUGCCCAAAGGAGUCGUCACGUCGGAAGCAUUGGAAUUUGCACUCGAGCAGCACGAACGAGAGCUGGAACGACAGGCAGAAGAAUUGAUUCAGAGCAUUGCAGCCAUGCAAAAGGAUGAAGAAGAACGACACAGCUUUUCACCUGCUCAAGGGGAUCAUUACCGCAACAACGACAACAACACGGAUGGUGUUAUCUUUUUGACCCAUACGAUUCCAAAGCCGACGGAUGUGACUUCUAGUUUUGGCUGGGACGACGAUAAGGAUUCACGGAUCAUGGAUGUGGAACAAUCCAUUGAAGUAGAUUCGAUCCAGUCAGAUGACUUUGAAGGCGGGCCUGCAAAAGUGGACCCUGUCAUUCAAGAACGCAACACGCCGGCUGCUGUGACAGAGGAAAGAGACCCAGACCGCACUGAAUCAAUUCACGAUGCCGCAUCUGAAACAGAAGCGUCACGCAGUCAAGGUACCAACAGUAUGGACACGGAAAAACGCGACAAUGUUGUCGGCUACACCGCUUUCGUUGAUGAGCACGGAGAUGAAAAGGUGGAACUAAGCAUUGGAGCCAAGCGCACGGAGGGAAACCAUGCCGUGCAGCAACUCUCUGGACACCCAUCUGAUGACGACCAAUCUACAGCUGGAACCUACAUGAGAUUGUGGGAAGGCAUCAAGGACAACGAUGCAAGCAAUGUCAUGACCAGCGAGACUGACACCAAUCGUGACCCGGCCACGGCUUGUGACGACAAACCCCCUUUGAGCAGAAACCACAGAGUGACAUCUUCCAUUCUGGAUUUGAAACCGGGCUCUACGAGGAACAGAUACGUCGAAGCGGCCAAAGCUGCCAGAAAACCAGUUGCCGCGGAGGUCAGUGAACACGCAGAAGGGAAGCUCUCCGGAGACAACGUCGAACCCCGGAAUUGUGGUGGAAAGAUGAAAAUGGGUUCUUUGGUAGAUGAAGCUGCAGUUGCCCAAGUGGUCACUGACGAUGAAACAUCCGCUGCUGAUGACUUGGAUGCUACUACCAGAGGCGACACAGCAUCGGUUGCUAAUACCAAUCUAUCCGAAAGAGACCGCAUUUCCCAUCAUGUGUCCCAUGCCUUGAUGGAUGCGGAUUCCACGGAUAGUUCCGUUUCAGCCACCGUACGAAUUCCUCAGCCCAAUGUUUUCUUGAUGGAUUCGAUGACAGCAGACGGCUACGCCACUGACGCUACGGUGCCAAUUGCGCAGCCCAACGUCGCCGUGAUGGAUUCGAUGACAAUUGACGGCUAUGGCACUGACGCUGCAGUGGCAAUUCCUCAGCCCAACAUUUCCGUGAUGGAUUCGAUUACGGCCGACGGCUACGCCACUGACGCUACUGGAAACGCCAUUGUGGAGGAGGAUGAUGGAAUCGCAGACGCUCGUGAGGACAGUAUGGUCGCUGUAAUGACUGUGGAUGAUGCAAACGCCACUGAUGCUGCCACAACGGCCGGUUACAGUGCGAGUGUUCGCAGCACCGACGCCACGGUUGGUCAAAAUGCUGAUGCUAUUACUAUUGAUACGUCUUAUGCUGUAGUGGGACAUACGGCACCACAAGGCUCCAGCUGGGGAGAGCGACGACACCGUCGGAGCCAGCGUCGAAUGCUGCGUGACGCGCAAUAUCGCAGGAUUCAAUCGACUGAGCCCCAAGGGGCCAAUUCUUCCGUGGGACCGAUCACGGGAUUGGGAACUUCCUCGCCUCCAGUUGAUGGCGCGAGCUUCAUAAGCUUUCUUAAAGCAAAGCAAAGAAUGAACCCAACGGAACAUGAGAACUUGGAGACGGAGGUUGCGACCGCGAGACAAAGCAGGGCACAGCUUCCAGAGCAAGUCCAAUGUAACUACGACGUCCUCGAAAAGGCUGCCGGAGGCGACGCCUGUACGGACAGCCAUCCCAACACCGAGACGGGUCAGAAUUGGUGUGCCGAACAAGCUGACAUCGGAGAGACAGGAGCUACUGUUUCGGCACCACCAGUGGAGCCAACAGGGUAUUCCCCAGUGGCAAAGUUGAGAGACUUAUUUGAGCGAAAGAAGGUGGAGCCAUCAUCGCCCGCAAGAGAAGGUGCAAUGCUCGGCUGCACGAGCCUGUCAACACCCCAAUCCGUCCCGAUUCCUCGUGGAGACGGAUCGUCGCAACUUGGAAGCAAGCACGUUGACAACAAAAUGGAAUUGGAGACGAUGCGUGGCUUCCACUCGUCGUCCCCUGCGUUUCCCAGUCGAAGCCACAGAGUGUCAAAACCAGAUAGAAGACUCUUUAGCUUAAACAACGAUACUUCUAUCUUCCAAUCAUCACCAUCUUCGGCGACACCAACAGGAAAUACGCGAAAGAGUUACUACCAAGGCGGGCUCACCGGCACGAACGAAAGAACGUACACAGGUGGGGGCACCCAACGAGGUGGGGGCAUUCGAGGUCAUGCGAAGUCUUCGACCAAGAAGAAGCUGGAUUUCUUGCCCGUUGGGUCCAACCGAGCUGUUCUGAUGAACAACUUUGACUCCCCCUCGGCAGGCAGUAGGCAAGUAUUAUUCGGUCAAACUACGGGUGUCAGUCCACAUUCGACGUCUCCUUCUCGGUUAAAUGGCUCUAGUUUGAUGGAAGAGGACCCCCCAGAGGUUGGCGUUGAUGAAGAUGUUGGCGGGAAGCAUCAAGAAAGCAGCAUGCCAUGCUCUGAGCGUAACGUUGCGGACAGCGAGGCCACAUCUCUGAUGGAGUUGUCCCCCAAUGGUGACAAUGGGCGGUUUCCCGCAAUGGAAGACAUGCCUGUUGAAUCUUCUACGGAGAUGUUGCCUAAAAACCAGUCAUCGCAAAAGAACGUUGGAUCCAUUCCAGCUGACGACAGGGUGGCUUCCGCUGGUGAUGAAGCCUAUAUCAGAAGUCGACGGGAAGACAGUCAACUCGAAGUUGGCAAACAGGUUUUGCUCCCGAUCAAUGGAAAUCGGACAAAACCAGUCCGAGGAAUCGUUCAAGAAAUGAUUGCAGCAUACCAGAAGGAAGCGAAGCACAGCAUACCCGGCGACGACACCAGCACGACCAUCGGUCAAUCUCGCGACGCAUCGGAAGAUGGCAAGGUUAGAAAGCAGACUGUGCCCAACGCUGAUAAAAGCCAGCGCGUCCCGGUCGAAAGCACCAUGGUCCAAACGCAAGCAUUGAACGAUGAAAAAGAAACGACACACAAAGCCAAACAACUAUCCCCAGUUCGAAAGGAAAAGAGGCACGUUGACUCUGGUUUCGAAACGUCUCGAUAUGAUAGAUGCCAGGAGGAAAAUGGGCCGAAUAAAACCAGUAGUCAUAUCAUGUCUCCAGACAGCGGAAGUCCGGCUGCGCCAAAGGGAAUUGUUGAUAAAGCCACGCAACCGUCCCUACCGGCAUUCCUGAACGCAGGGGGUUCGAUGGGAUCAGAUGGUUUGGCAAAGGAGAUCUUGUCUGUUGACUUGGAGAUGCCCCCUGAGCCGCAUCGUGAUACUUCAAUAUUUGAAAACAACAAUAGCGUGGUACCUUGCGAAACCUCUUCGGAGGAUGGAGUCAGUGUCGAGCAAGAAUUUGGGGUUGCCCUUUUUUCGAAUUUUUCUGACGAUCAUGUACCUGAACGGGAAAAGAUUUUGGAUGAGUUCUUUGGUCCAUUCGAUGCAAGUGACUCGGACGAUAAUUCGGGGCGCGCUGCUGCAAAAUUGCUACACUCAACGUCACGGGAGCACGAAGCCAAAGAAGCGCGUGAAUGGGACGAAGUUCUUGAAGACAUUUUGGACAAGAUUGUGCCAGCAAACUUGACUGCGACAGCAACAGGUCUUCUCAAUGACAGAUCGGGCCAAAGUGUCGGUGCAUUGAGUGUUGCAGGAAGUCAACAUCGCAGCGUGCCAACUACCAUUGUGAUUGAUGUCGGAUCGCAAAUACACCGCGUGGUGCCGGCACUGGGAGGUAAUGGUUGCGCCCCAGUAGAGGGCACUAGAGUCAACGACAACAUGCAUAUCAAACCAAUGGCAUCGCCUUCCCCCGGAAGUGAGAGCGGCAUCAUGGAAUUGGCCGAGUUGCUCUCCUUACCGGAGCUUGUGGCUUCAGUUGUUGGGAACAACCAAAUCCAGGACGCCGCCUCUAAUGAUUCUAUCAGCUCUGUACAGCCAAGUUGCCCGGGUGCAGCCUCCUCAACAGACGAACCUGACGUUCAGCCCAGUGAAGCUUCACCCGAAUCACCGGCUCUGAAUAUACUUCCCGAUAGAGACGAUUCGACGCAGAACGAGCUCGGACCACUACAAUCCAUUGAUCUACAAUUGCGAGAUCAGCCUGAACAGCCUGCACUUCCCAAAGAGAGUGAUGUGUCAACCUCAUCACAUGAUAAACAACAUGACAAAUACUCCGACCUGCAUACGCAACACCCAUGCCCCAUCGAGAAUGAUCGAAUGGGUCCUGAAAUGGAAACAGAACUGAUUGAAUGCGGUUCCAUCCUAUCCCUGCCUCUUGAUGAGAAGUCUAAUCCAAGUGUCUCUAGCUGUCUCUAUCUAGCAGGAACCGGUAUGCAACCAGGUGAAGAGCAUCCUGUUGAAGUUCAAACUCCCGAGGAUAAGGAGGAAUCAAGCUCUCAUCAAGAAGAGCAACCGCAUCCUGUUGAAGUUCAAACUCCUGAUGGUGAUGAGGAAUCAAGCUCUCAUCAAGAAGAGCAACCGUAUCCUGUUGAAGUUCAAACUCCUGAGGAUAAGAAGGAAUCAAGCUCUCAUCAAGAAGAGCAACAUCAUCCUGUUGAAGUUCAAACUCCUGAGGAUAAGGAGGAAUCAAGCUCUCAUCAAGAAGAGCAACAGCAUCCUGUUGAAGUUCAAACUCUUGAGGAGCAAGAUGCAUCAAGCUCUAAUCAAGAAGAGCAACAUCAUCCUGUUGAAGAUCAAACUCCUGAGGAGAAAGAUGCAUCAAGCUCUCAUCAAGAAGAGCAACCGCAUCCUGUUGAACUUCAAACUCCUGAGGAGAAAGACACAUCAAGCUCUCAUCAAGAAGGGCAACCUCCUGAUGGCGAUGAUGAAUCAAGCUCUCAUCAAGAAGAGCAACUGGAUGAAGGAUUUCAGGUUGAAUCACCAGCUCAGGGUGACAUUAAGGAAUCAAGCUCUGGUGUACCAUUGCAACCAAGUCAAGAGCAUCUCAUCGCUUCACUUGCUUCCGACGAAGAAUCACCAGAUCCUGGUGACAGUGUUGAAUCGAAUUCUAUUUUCCAAGUGCAAUCAGGCGAAGAGCAUCUAGUCAAAGCACCAUCUCCUGAUGAAGAAUCACAAGCUUUUAAUAUCAUGGAUGAACUAAGCUCUGGUGCACUCUUUGCCCCAGAUGAAGGGUGUGCAAUCAGCAUAAUGGCUCCUCGAGAAUGUGGCAAAACAACACUAGCCCCGGAUGGCACUGAGGAAUCAAUAUCUAGUCAAAACAUGGAACCAGACGAAGUGCUACCAAACGAAGAGCGUCCCAUCCAUUUGCCGGCUCUUGAUGGCAUCGGGGAACCAAGCUCCGGUCUGCAAGUGCCACCUGAAGGGCAUCCAAUGGUGUCACUGCUUCCUGACAAAGAAUCACAAGCUCCUGAUGACAUGGACGAAUCAAGCUGUGAGGAACAAGUGCAACCAGAUGAAGAGAAUCCCAUCGCUUUGCGAGCUCUUGAUAUCAUGGAGGAAUCAACCUAUGGCCUACCAAUUCAAUCAGAUGAAGGCCCUGCAAUCAAUAUACCGGCUCCAGUUGAAUGUAACAAAUCACAACCUCCUGAUGAAAUUGAAGCAUCAAACUCUGAAGUGCAAGCACAGCCAGACAAAGAGCAUAACAUUGCUUUGCCAGCUCCUCUAGAUGACACGGAGGAAGCAGCAUCGGGUCUACAAAGGCAUCCAGAUGAAGCGCAUCCCAUCGAGUCACGCUCUCCUGAUGAACAGGUUGAUUCAAGCCCUGAUUUUGAUAUACUCCCAAGCGACGGCAGGCCAAGCCAAUCCCUCUAUGCUGAGGACAGCGACGGAACAAGCACUGUCUCAGAAGUAGAGUCGCACAGAGGCCAAGCCAACCAAUCCCUGCAUCCUGAUGUCGAUUCCUACUAUGGUGCACAAGUGGAGCUGGAUGAAGAGCAACCGUCAAAUGUGCUCAUCCGAUCCUCACCUGUUAUGAAUGGCGAGAUCGACGAGUACAACCAUGAUGGGAAUGUGCAGGUGGAUGGUAUGGAGGCGGGUCUUGAAAUGCAGGCUUUUGUGGAGGCAGAUGAGCCAAUCUCUGGUUGGUAUCCGGACACGGCACCAGCAAUGAACGAGAGAGAUGAGCCAAGCUCAGCUCACCCCCACACUCACGAGGAGAAGCUCAACAAUGUUCUACCCAGGGACAGCGACAAUGAGUCAAACUGUGCUCCAGAAGUAAAACUCAUUGAUGGGCAAUUCAAAGGGACAUCGGAAAAGGAAGAGCUGACCAUGCAAUGCUCCCAAGAAGAAGUUGAUGAAUACUGUGAACUACUUGAGGAGCAAUCAAUCAAAGGCAAGUUGUCGGAUGUCCAAGGGGGCGAACCGGAACACAGUGCGCAGGAAACUACCGAAACGGAAGGUGUUCAGUCCGCUUCAAGUCAAACAUCGUCUCAAUCGGAUUCCAUGGCAGAGGAGACGCCCUCAGAUGCGGACUCCAAUAGGGACGGAAAUGCUUCUUGUGACAAAAUCAAGGCAUUGCCUGACACUUCAAGCGCUGCAGCGGUGGGACAUUGUGCUGUGCUGACCGACCAAGAAACGGUUUCAAUCGUUUCUGAUCAGGCUAAGUUUGCGUGUGAAGAAAGCGACGCACGCGGUAUGACCACUGAUGCGGCUGAAGGAGCACCCGCCCUUAGUGGACGUGUGAUUGAUGAAGACUCAGACACUGUGCAAACUGCCUGUGACACGACGACAAUACUGGACACGUCGAAUCAUCAAGAAGCUGCUAACCAGACAUCCAAAAUUAACAAACAGGAAUCUGAAGUUGGAAACGAAGCAUGCGUACUUCUUGCGAGGGCCAUGGAUAUUCUGGGUGGCGAAGAAUCAGCCAGCAGUGUGGUAACAGACUCUGAACGCGAAACCUCGUCUUCAAACAUGCGAGAUUCUGCCGGUGAAAGUCAAACGAUUUGUGACCUUAGUUUCGGUUCAGCCCCAGAGAGAGCCGUUGCUCCAGAAAGCUUGGACAAAGGAGAGACAGCCACGGCGAGUCAACCUGUUGGAUGCCAAUCGCGCGAAGUUACAUUUGAAGAAGAUCCGAGUGACGCAUUCUUGGAUCGUGAUAGUGAUAACAACGCCGAGGAGAAGAAGGAUGCGUUUGUCCCUCUGACUACAAAUUUCCAAUCGCCUUCUUCGGCUGAACAAGCUGUUGAAGUCGCAAGCGAAGCUUCAGAAACGAGUGGAAUAUUCUAUGACGCAACCAAUGUGACAGUUUUGGGAAACUGGGAUGAGUAUGCGUCUCAAUACUUCGACUGUGAAGAAGCCUUUUCAUCUGAAGUCGCAUUUGCUUGCGAUAAAGGUGCGAUUGUCGAAACCUCCGAAGGUGAUGAGUUUGUUCCGGAUGCACCACAAGUACCGGUACCCUCGAAAGAUUCCGAAGAGGAAUCCGUUGACUCUACCACAAGCCAAAGCGAAAAACGGGUCUCUAAGGCCGGUGUCGAAGUGGGUCACACCGGGCAGCACGAUGGCCAUGCUACAACUAUUGCAAUCAACGCCGCCCCAAACGACAUUGACGACCAAGACAGGGAACCUCACGGAGUGGUCGUCCCCGACAGUACUUGCCAGGCGGCUUCAGCUUCAGAAUACCAGGUCGAGGCCGAAAGUGGCUCCCAGCCUGAUCCCAUGGACUCUGAAGACAAGUUUCAGUCUUCAGCUCCAAUGCAUUUUUCUGGAAGUAACCGUGACGACGAUUGCGGCCGAGCUAUCGAAUGUGCAUUACAUGCUGCAGCUGAUGAAGCAAUCGAUGCGGAAUCGUCCGGCCCGGUCCCUGCGAAGUCGGAUUCCGUUGAAUCUAGACAGAGCUGCAGCAAGACCGACUUCUCAGAUUGCGAGGAAGAAGUCGACGUUUCGUCCAGUACUUCGAAAGAAACAUUGAACACGAAGGGAAGAGACCGUGAAAUGGAAUCUAGUGGUGGCUUUGCAGACCUGAACUAUGUUUCAAAAGUUGUACGUGGAGCUUUGCAACCGGAUCAAGAAGAAUUUUGCCUGGCCGUUCAGGCUGACUCAGCAGCAGUCGUCGAUGAGGCAUCAGCUCUCGCCUGUGUCGGGGAGGCCACAUUGCCCGAUUGUUCGGGUAACCGUGGAGAGAGUGGCCAGCCGGAGCACCACUACAAGUUUGACCAAGGAGAUCGUCUCGAGGGAACCAACGCUGUGGCCGCUCAGCCGGAUUCCACAGCCAUGCAGACUGAACUCGAAACUGAAGCAUUCAGCAGCAGUGGCGAAACGAAAGCCGGAAGUGCCACUGAAUGUUCUGUUAGUUUGGAACAGAAAGCCUUCCCUGGCAGACCCGAUGAACCAUUGCAAAGCUUUACAGAUCGCAACCUAUCAGAUCAAGUCAGCGUUGUGAGUGCAAAGCAAACCGAUUCAGGACAGGAAUUGUCACGCUUUGAACAGGAACUUGUCCGGCUCAGGGAGAGACUAGCAUCGACGAGGAGAAAGAACACUGUAAGUGAACAACUCAAACCGAAGGCAUCGUGCCCCCAUUACAAGGCCGGCAGCGGUGCCAGAGAGGCCGCAGACCCUGGAAGGGUGAAGGAGUUGCUGAAAAGUGCGUUGUCAAAGAGGCGAAGUUCUUCUAGGGUUGCUGGAACCAGAAUUAGCGAAUGGGAAAGCCGGAUAGAAAAGAGUACUGUAUCGACGAAUGGAAGCAAUGAAGUUGUUCAGAAGGCACGUGCAUUGAUCGAUGCCAACAGAGACGCAGCGUGUGCAACGAAGAAGGAAAACGACUCGGCGAGACCUUUUCAAGUGACGCCCCUCGAACAGACUGAAUGCCAGUUCUCUCCAGAGUCUUCUGUUUUACCGACUGUGUCUUGCGACAACAGCACAUCAGCGGAGAAGGAAAAUAUCUUCUUCACCGACGACAACUGGAAUGUCCAUGAGAAGAAGCCAAAAACGACUGGCACGGCCUCCCCUUGCGACGACUACACACCAGCAGAGAAAGAAAAUGUUAUGAUAACGGAAGACAACCGGAAUGAGAAUGUCCCUGAGACAAAGAACACGACCACUCCAUUCACGGCCGGGAGUUCUGCCACGCCCGAAAGGUUGCAGGUUCUUGGCCAAGACAAGAAUCCGACCAGUCUUCGGCGUCGGAUAUUGUCACAGCCCGAUGUCACGAUAAGACAACUUGCCAACAAGGCGAAUCUCCUUGCGCAACUUACCAGCGUGUCUUUUUUGGACGAAUCCGGCUCUGUGAAGAGCAAAGUCUCUGAAUACGAAAGCCCUGCCAAAGGCCCACACAUCAACGCUUCUCAAGAUUGCGAAGCACUUCCUAUUGAUUGCAGAGAAAGGGCCGAACCCGAUGCAACGAAGAAUACACUGCUCUUGUUCGACCCACUUGGAGACCAACCCAUCCUGGGUUUUGACGACGGCGAUGACAGGGAUGCUAAUGUAUCCCUCUGCUCAACGAUCAAGACUGAGGACUCAUAUAUCCAUCAAUGCAACCUAAGCAGCGACCAAAAUGAACUUGACCAGAAUGAUGGGAAAAUGGCCACCUCGUUUGAUCAUAUUGGUGAACUUGGUGCGAUCGGCCUAGGGCCAUACAACCUUAGCACCAUUGCCGAGACCAAAGUUCUUGAUGAGCAGAAUUGUGCAGUGCUUAACAGGGCUUCUGUUUUCAGAACCAAGAAGGCAGAACCACCUGAGAUUGCGAAGAGCCUACUCGACACAACUAUUUCAGGAGACGAAGAUGACAAUGCACAAGACGAAAGGACGAAUGAUGUCGUGUUUGACAUUGUCAUAGGUGAAGAUCCACCCGCCGAUGCACAAAUCAGCCUUGAGCCUGAGGUCGAGCCCACCGAGGUCAUCGACGAGAUUGACAACAAUAACAACUCUAUACUUGAAGAUAGCGUUAGUUGUGACAUUCCUGCACAAGGCCAACACGAACCAGCCGUGCCCAAGCAAACAAUCCUUGAACAUGUUGUGAUGGGGAAUGUACCAGAAGGCACAUUUAACGUGGUUCGGGACUUGGUGGAGGGGACAAUUUCCUCCUGGAAUCUCCCAACAACCCACUCAAAUCUUGCCAGCAAAUCAGAUCCUGGAGCACAGACAAGUAGUGAGUUGGCAAGAGCUGCGAUGCCCCUUUUAGCACAAACUUUGGAACCUCAGGGAGCAAAAGCAGAAGGAAAUCUCAAAUCUCCUGAGUUAUCAUGCAACGAGUCUGAAUCGGUGAGCGCGCAAGGCGUCGAAAUCGACUCAGCGAUACUUGAGGCAGUUUCCAACAUUAAAGAAUCCAUGGACCCUUUGGCAAUGAAUGCAUGUCCAAGCGAUGAACUCGGCGCUUCAGCGGUACCGGCAGACGCAGGAAUACAGGGAAUGGAAGACAAUUUUGCUGCUUUCAUGGGAGUGCCCCCGGUAGUUGCAUCAGUUCCAAUGAAACCUAAAAAAGGAAAGAAGGGGAACAAGAAGGGCAGAAUCUUCAGGGAUGUCAGCGAUUUCCCAACCUAUUUGACAAAACGGUCUGAUUCAUUUGACGAUUUGGUACUGGAGAGGACAAGCAAAGAUCGAUACGACUUCUGGAACAAACCCAACAACGCGUCGGCUUGCCAAAACCAAGUGUCAAGCGGCCCUCGUUCUUUUGAUAUCGAUUCGGUUUCCAUGGGAUGUCUGAUCAAAAGAUCCAAAUCGGAACACUAG